UCUGGGCGAGGAGGCGUCCUGCGCCAUAUGGCUUACAUGUAUUCUCAUAUGGGUACUCAGUCAGUCAUGUUCAUUACAAAUAGGCUGCGGAGACGAUUUGUUCUCAUAGUGUGUGUUGCCUUGCCAACAAUAUGGAUUCUUCACGUUUUUUAUACCCAGGGCAGUGACCACCUUCUACCUGUACCGGUGCACCAACGCCUGCAGCUGAGCCUAAACCUACCCAGAGAUGUCAAAACGAGAGACGUUAUAGUGAAACAUUAUAUUCAUAACCUGCAGACCCAAUUGGAAAACAGAGCACAACAGACUCAGGUUGAAAAUGACAGUAUAUAUACCCAAAGGAAACAAUACAUGAAUAUGUAUUGUCAGAGACAAGAGGACACAAAGCGAAUGCCUCCAGGGGAAAUACGUGAUCUUCACUGGUUCCUGGAUAAACCUCGCAUAAUGUAUUGUCCUGUUGCAAAAUCUGGUUCAACCUUCUGGCGAAGAGCUUUCGAAGUGAUCAGGCGCAAAGACCCAAAGAUUGUUUCGCCUUUCCAGCUCUCUUAUAUGGAUUUCAAACUAUCAAAGGCCAAGAUUCCACUCAAUAUGACCGAGACGGCCCAUGCGGAAGACAUGUCUAAACUCCUCCAAACAACUCUUAAAUUCCUUUUUGCUCGGGAUCCAUACAGCAGGGUAUUUUCAACAUUUAUAGAUAAAAUUCUCUCACCAAACACUUAUAUGUGGGGACUUGGAAAAAACGCGAUUGAGAUGUUCAGAUCAUCCAAUACAGAUAGAACGAAUGCAUGUGGAUCCGAUGUUUCGUUUGAUGAAUAUGUCAAAUAUAUAAACACUCGCAAGUUUAAAACAAUUGAUUUUCACCUUCGACCGGUCGCGUAUAGAUGCGACGCAUGCGUAGCGGACUAUGAUGUCAUUGGCAAGUUAGAAACGUUCGAAGAUGACAUACGGUAUAUUUUGAAAAAGGUAGGUUCCUAUGACAGUGAAAUAAUAUUCAAAAAUAUGAAUAUUGAGUACAAGGUAGAUUACAUACUUGAUGCAGUGGUGAGAGCGUUUGACUUUAGGAAGGGAUGGACGCAGUGCAUAAGUCUUCACGCAGGAUACCAGAGACUAUGGCGCCAGUUACAAAUAGGAGGGAUGAUAGAAAAAACAGACCCGUACCCACUCACAACCGAUCAGAGUAGCAACAUCACUGUCACCGAAUAUCUGAACAUGGCAUUGGAAGCAUUCAAGAGAUCUGGGCCGUCGGCUAAAGGCAACAAGAAAGAGGCCUUUUUGCAAGCAUAUUCGAUGGUGUCAUUGAAAGAAAAGGAAAAUCUCCGCAAAAAUUAUCUGGUUGAUUUUGAAAUGUUUGACUAUAACCAGCGUCCUCGAAAGUUAUUCAACAUAAAUAGAGAACCUUGGACUGAUUUUGACUACUUUGAUGUCAUGAGGCUGAGGUAGUGAUAAAUGCAUGCAUCUUGAUAAUAAGAGCCCAUCUGAUGUUUGUAUCUUCAUCUGAGAAUCAUGCGACGCCCCUCAGUGUUUGAAGGUGAAAAGUAGACCAUUGAAUAUCCCACUAUGAUCAGGAUAGUGCAUGUAUUUCAUGAGCUUUAUUAUGUAAAUGGCAUAUCAAUAUGCAUUUUAACAGUUGACAAUAAAUAGUUACUCUUACUUAUUGGUAUUCUCUU